AUGGCCCUGACGAAUAUGGAGUCAGAUAUCCAAAUUCCAAGCUCCACCCCCCUUGAUCUUCACCUCGACCAUCCCACCGUCGAAGAAUGCAUCCAGAUUUGGUCGGAAACUGCAGACUCAUGGAAAGAUUCUCUGACCAUACCCAAGUACAUCCACGAGGCCGAGUAUCUUACGACAGUUCCGCUUGCUAAGGAUGGAGGCAUGACCACGUGGGUUCUCGUUGAGAAGGAUCGUCUUCCGAACGAGCGUACGAUUCUUUGCUCUUGCGAGAGUUUCCGAAAACGAUGUCUGACUAGCGAUGUCAACGGUAACAUCAUGGAGGGCAUUGUUCAUGGUAUCGCAAGUGUAUUCUGCCCGGCAGAGCUUCGAGGCUGCAGCUACGGGGCUCGCCACAUGAAGGAGCUCGCAAAGGUCCUGCACGGAUGGCAGUCUGAGUAUGGCAAGAGUAUUGGAAGCAUUCUGUACUCAGACAUCGGGAAGGAAUACUAUACGAGGUGGGGCUGGCCGCCAAAUCUCACUAACGGGCAUUUUGUGUUGCCAGCUGCGAAGAUGGAGAAACCAGCGGCUACUCAGCCGAUCCUUGAGUCAGACCUGGAGCAUCUGUGCUCCAGAGACGAGGCCAUGAUAUAUAACGCCAUGGCAAUGCCCAGUACGUCACGGAAGAGGGUGGUGAUUCUGCCAGACAUGGAUCACAUGUUGUGGCACAUCCGCAAGGAGGACUUCGCCACCAAUCAUAUCUUUGGUAAAACGGCUCAGGCAAAGGGAGCAAUUGCUGGCGUGCCUGGGAAACAGGUUUGGGCCAUUUGGGUCCAUCGCUACUACGAGCAUCCGAAUUAUCCCAAUGAAGAGAAGCAGGGCGAUCAGAAUGUUCUCUAUAUUCUUCGCCUUGUGGUAGAGGGCGACGCCACUGCCAACAAGCCGCGCGAGCCUUACUUCACGAUUGCGAUGGACGGGAACAAAGAAGAAGCAGCAGCGCUGGAGGCUGUAAUGCAAGCUGCUCAGGCAGAGGCGGCGGAUUGGGGCCUGGAUCAAGUGCAAUUGUGGGAGCCAUCUCCCAUGGUACAGAGUAUUCUUGAACAAAGCAAUCUCAAUCCUGUCUACGUUGAGAGACAGAGUCACAGCAUUGCUAGUGUAUUGUGGUUCGAAGAAGGCGGCAAUGUACAAGAUGAUCAUCCAAUCUUGAUCAACAAUGAGCAUUAUGCAUGGUGUUAG